AUGUCACAAUCUUCACAAUCUUCUGUUAAUAUAAAUGAUAAUUUUGAAAAUAAUACUGUUGAAGAUAAUGACUAUGAAGAUAAUACCUAUGAAGAUAAUACUAUUGUUGAAUCUAAUAUAGAAACUGAUACUAUUGCUGAAUCUAGUAGUUCUCAAGAUAUGGAAAUUGAUUUUAAAGAUAUAAAUAGUUUUGAAGAUAUAGAU